AUGCCCGUCUCUAGGCAUAGCAUCACAGUUCGUGCAAGCUGCAUAAGUCACAAGAUCCGAGAAGUCAACAUGGCUGACGAACCACAGAUUAUCUACGCGAUCAGAGUGUUCUUCGAAGUAAUAUGGAUGAUCAUAAAAGUGAACUAUGAAGUACUGAAGUCAACGUUUAGAAUGGUGAUACCAUCAGAUCCUAAGGAUGUCAGUGACGAUAUCAUUCUGAUAACUGGUGCCGGUCAUGGCAUGGGUCGAGAGAUGGCUCUGCGGUUCGGCCGCCUCGGUGCCAAAAUCGUAUGCGUGGACAUCAAUCCCAAAGGAAACGAAGAGACAGUCAAACUAAUCAAGCAAGAGAAAGGAGAAGCUUUUAAUUAUGAAUGUGACGUCACAAACCGAUCUGCCGUCAUGGAACUGGCAGAGAAAGUGAGCGUUCAAGUUGGAGAAGUAACCAUCUUGAUCAACAACGCCGGCAUCAUGCCCUGCAAGCCCGUUCUGAAACACUCUGAGAAAGAAAUCAGGACAAUGAUGGAUAUCAAUGUGAACGGUAUUCUCUGGAUGAUCCAAGCCUUUUUACCAGCGAUGCUGGAGCGUAACUAUGGUCAUAUAGUCUCCAUGUCAUCCAUGGCUGGCAAGAUGGGACUACGUAACUUGGUACCAUACUGCGGCAGCAAAUACGGAGUUAGGGGCAUCAUGGAAGCACUUUCUGUCGAACUGCAUGAAGACCCCAGAGAUACUAACGGGAUUAAGUUUACAACAGUCUGUCCAUACAUCGUGAACACGGGCUUAUGUCACAAUCCUCGCAUUCGUUUCCAAAAGCUGAUGAAGACUGUGGAACCCGGCGAAGCUGCCGACCAGAUUGUGGACGCCAUCCGAAGAGAAUACCACGAGAUCACCAUUCCUAGUGACAUGUAUUAUACUAAUAAGAUAUUCGGUCUCCUACCUCCUGCCGCCGGGAAGAUCAUGACAGACUUCAUAGGAACUGGUUUGGACCCACACGACUAA